GUCGCGCAGUUGCAAAGCUCCGCAUCUGCCUCCUCUGCACUUUGCCUAUCCCUAGGAGGGCUCAUCAGAGAAGAAAGAAUGGCUGUCAGACACCUGCCAACAGUAGUCCAGGACAGGAAUGUGUGGCAGAAAUCAGGAGAGGGAUCAGUGACCUUCAAGGAUGUGGCUGUGCUCUUCACCCAGGAAGAAUGGGGGCAGCUGAGCCCUGCCCAGAGGGCCCUGUACAGGGAUGUGAUGCUGGAGAACUACAGCAACCUGGUCUCCCUAGGACUCUUAGGACCGAAACCAGAUACAUUUUCCCAGCUGGGACAGGGGGAAAAAUGGAUGCCAGAGGAUGCUUCAGGCGGCUUCUGUCUUGCUUACUUCAGGAAUGAAUGGGAAAGAGAAGCAAUGAAAAGGAGACUUUUUCUUGAUAGGAUUUCACAAGAAUCUCUGUGUUUAGUAUCUAGUCCUCACAUUGCAUUUCUUAGUACAGUCUUAAAUAGACUUAAGUUAAAAAACAGAUAGUCACAAACAUACACGAAAAACUA